CGGCGAGAGUCGGGUGAUAAGCGGAGAAGGACGGAUGAGCAACCUAACAGACCAGUUAAGAAAGGCAUACUACACAUGAUCGCGGGAGGUCCUACGGAUGGAGACUCGCACCGGAAGCGGAAGAGGACCUACCGGGGAAAGGGUGUGGCCAAUGAGGUGGCCGAGGUACAGGUGCAGAGGAGUUCGUCCACUCUGAAGUUUGGGGAUGAUGAUGUGCAGGGACUCGUUGUCCCACAUAAUGACGCUUUGGUCAUCACUGCGGAGGUGGCCAGUUACGAUGUGCAAAGGGUGCUCAUAGACACGGGGAGCUCAGCAGACAUCAUUUUCUUGAAGUGCUUGCAACAGAUGGAGUUAGACGUGAAGGUUGAGCCGGUCCACACUGCUCUCUAUGGCUUCAGAGGUAGUGAGGUUCGCCCCGUAGGCGAAGUUAGUUUGACGGUGGCGUUGGGAAGGUCACCUUUAAGAAAGGUGAAGAUGGUUCGCUUCUUGGUCGUGGAUGCUAGCUCGGCCUACAACAUCAUACUGGGGAGACCUAGCUUGAAUUCAUUCCAGGCAGCCAUUUCCACUUAUUGCAUGAAGAUUAAAUUCCCUGUAGCAGAUGAG